UCCAUGAGCAUCGCACUUGCUCGGAUUACGAGUCCGGAAUUUAUUGGCUGCUCCUCAUAUUUCACCACAAAAAAAUUCGCGCCUUUGACGAAUCGCUUCGUGGUCCUCCGUGUAUCCGCAUUAAGUUGGCGCGUUUUUAUUGCCCCGGCCAAAAGGAAAAGCGUCUCAUCAUUCCGGCGGUUUGAGCCGUGUGUGUGAGUGUGUGUUGCAACUUUGACUAAUGAAUAAAAGUAGACAGUGCAAAAGGAAAUUGUUUGAGAAGCUGCAAAGACAACAGUCAAAGGAAAAGUUCUAAGGAGGCGUAAAUCGCAAAAACGUUGCCAGGAUGCUGGCUCUGGCUCCUUUCAGCUGGCUCUGGCUUUUGGCCUUCUUCAAUCCCGCCCAGUCGCGAAUUGGCUAUUUCUGGCACAUCAGCGACCUGCACCUGGACACUUUGUACUCGACCCAAGGAGACAUUUACAGGAGCUGUUGGCAGUUGGCUCGAUCGGUGUCCAGUUCCAAUGCGAACAGUGCGAACCCAGAGCCACCGGGUCCUUUUGGCCACUACAACUGCGACAGUCCGUGGAGCUUGAUCGAAUCGGCGGUGAAGACCAUGAAGGCCAAGCAGGGCGACAAUGUGGAGUUCGUCCUGUGGACUGGCGAUGCCCUCUCGCACUCCGCCCAACCGCUUUCCGAGCAGAAGCAGCACGAGAUCCUGCGGAACAUCACGGAACUCCUCGGACGCAGCUUCUCCUCGCAGUUCAUCUUUCCGGUUUUGGGCCACGAGGACGGCAGUGGCAGCUACGCGAGAUUGGGCGAACUGUGGCGCCACUGGCUGCCAUCGGAGGCUCUGGUGACCUUCGAACAGGGCGGCUACUACUCCAUCGAGCAGACGAAGAGUCGUCUGCGGAUUGUGGCGCUCAACACGAACUUCAUGCGACUCGAUCCCGAUCCGGAUCCCCGGGCAUCGCUCAGUCUGCGGUGGCCAGCGGAGUAUUUCGCGGAACCCAAGGCUUCCGUGAGCUCCGUUUCGGCCGAGGAUGAGCUCCUGGCCGAGCAGCAGUGGCUCUGGCUGGAAGAGGUGCUCACCAAGUCCAGGGAAAAACAGGAAACGGUCUAUAUAGUGGGUCACAUGCCGCCGGGCGUCGAUGAACGUCAUCUUGGUCCCCAGCACAACCAGUUGUCCUUCACGGAGCGCAACAACCGAAGGUACUUGGAAAUGGUACGGCGGUUUGCUCCGGUCAUCCAGGGUCAGUUCUUCGGUCACCUUCACUCGGACACCUUCCGCCUGAUCUACGAUGCCAAAGGCAAUCCCAUUUCGUGGCUGAUGAUUGCCCCAUCGAUUGUGCCCCGGAAGGCGGGAAUCGGCUCAUCAAAUAAUCCCGCCCUGCGGCUCUACAAGUUCGAUACGGGAAGUGGCCAGGUGCUGGACUACACCCAGUUCUGGCUGGACCUGCCGCUGGCCAACAGGGCCAACGAGCCCACCUGGCAGCCGGAGUACAACCUGACCAACUACUACGCCCUCCUCGACAUCUCCGCCGGAGCGCUGCACAAUUUCGCGGAGCGGUUCACGGGAACGGACGUCUCCUGGUUCACCAGAUACCACCGAGCCAACGCCGUGCGAUAUCAGUCCGGGUCGGCCUGCACGGGCCUCUGCAUGCUCAAUCAUUACUGCGCCAUCACGCGCCUGGACUACGAUGAGUUCCGGCUCUGCCUGGAGAAGGAGCAGCUGCCGCUGCAAGGACACGCCCCCACCGCCCGAGCGCCCACAUCCUGGUGCUGGCUGCUCGGCGUGCUCGCCAUUUUUUACGGCCUGAGCGCGGGGCAAUGCAACAAUUGCCACAUCCAGCGAAUUUAAGCGUUCUCGCUCAAGCGGAACCAUAUCAAUGUGGGGAUACGGGCCCCAGGAUGCCCAGGCACUCAGAAAAAAAUCGAAUAUGAAAUAUGGGGAUUAUAAAAGGAUUUCCUUUAAAUGAUUACGUAUAAUUUAUUUAUAAAGAUGUUUUCUUUAAUUUAAAAAAGUAGUAUACGUUUGCUAGCCUAACAGUAUCCCAAUAAAUUUAAAUUAAAUUUAAAUUAAGGACUUUAUUUUCAAUAGUUUUUGUUGUUAAUUUUUUUCUUUAAAUCUUAUCUUAAAUAUUAUCUGGUACUGAUAGCCUAAGUGUUUUAAAAAAUAUUUCCUAAACAAAUUCAAUUAUAUUCAAUCGCAAAGUUUUAUUAAAUACGUAAAAAAGUUUAGCUAACAGUUUAGAAAGCCUAUAGCUUACAUUUUUUAAAUAAAAUUAUUUUUAAAGUUUUAAAUAUGGUUAUUUUUGAAUUAAUAUUAUUUUGUUAUUUAUAACUUAUUUUAGUAUGUACGUCAAGGACUCUUUCAUUUGAUUGCGACACUUUUUUUUCUGAGUGCGUCGAUGGGGAAUUAGAUAGUAAUGGAAAUAGGAAUGGGCGAGCGAGAAAGGACGAGAGCGAGCAAGGAUGACUUGCGGAACGGGCUGAGCAAUUCCUAUAUACAAGUAUAGCGCUAAUUUACUCUCAAUUAUGCUGCAUGCGAGCCAGUAUGCGUGCCAUAUCGUUUGUGUGUGUGAUAUGAUUACAAAGAAUCGUCUCUGCAUGUGUAUUCGCGGAUAUAUAUGCCUCUAUGUAUAUGUGUAUUGUAUGGACUUGGAUAUGUAUAUGUUUAUCUGGAUGUACUUAUUGUAUAUGAAAUAAACGAAAAAUUUUUAAUGUUACUGCCCUCGCUCAAUUUGUUUUUUCGGUGGCGUUUCGUCUCCGCACUCGAUAAAUA